AUGGGCGAACCUUACGUACCACCUGAAGUAUGGACUAUGGCCGAUUUAGGACAAAUCUCUUCAGUGGCCAGUCUAAAUUUGCCCACCUCUGGAGCCAGAACUGAGAAGGAGUUACCAGUAGGAAAACAUCCUAUCCAGUUAUACUCCUUGGCUACUCCCAGGGGCCAGAAUGCAAGUAUAAUGUUGGAAGAGCUUCUAGAUGCCGGCGUCAAGGAAGCGGAGUAUGAUGCGCAUCUGAUUAAAAUUCAUCAAGGAGAUCAAUUCACUUCAGGCUUCACAGCUGUCAAUCCUAAUGGAAAAAUUCCCUGUCUCCUUGAUCACUCCGUUACCCCUCCUCAACGCGUGUUUGAAUCGAGUCAUAUUUUGUUGUAUCUUGCUGAAAAGUAUGGUCGGUUUAUCCCGACGGUGCCGGCUAAGAGAACCGAAACUUUGAACUGGUUAUUUUGGGCUCACGGGGCCAGCCCUCUUGUAGGGGGAGGCUUCGGACAUUUCUGGCAUUACGCGCCUGAAAAGUUGAAGUACCCUAUAGACCGAUUCGCUAUGGAAACCAAACGCCAAAUGGAUGUGUUGGACAAACAGCUUGCGAACAACAAAUUCGUUGCUGGUGACGAGUUCACAAUUGCAGAUAUCGCCGCGUUGGGUUAUUAUGGGGACAUAGCGUUGGGUAAUGUGUAUGGCCCUAAUGCGGCUAAAUUUCUAGACGCAGAGAGCUAUAGUAAUCUUCAGAGGUGGGCCAAAGAAAUGAAGAAGAGGAAAGGGGUGAUUAGGGGUUCUAUUGUGAACAGAUUUUUGGGAGAGGCGCAUGAAAAGUGUCCCGAGAGACAUGGCCCUGAAGACAUUGAUUCUGUGUUGGCUCAGACUCCGCCGGAUUUUUAA